AUGGAUACAAUCCAGAGUGAUUGGUGGGAAAGGGAAUGGCAUCCAAGCAGAGACUGGAAGAAUGAGGAAAGAGUGUUUGAGGCAGAGAGGGUGCCUGGUGGAAAGACUCAGAACAGAGAGAGAACACAGCUUUUCAAGGACCUGAGAAAAGUUCUAUGAUGUUAGCAAGUUGGGUGUGUGUGGGGAGGGGUGGUUGUGGUGGAGGAUAGAGGUGUUCUGAGAAUGGCCUGGACUGGGAUACAUCAUUCAAGGCUUUGUAGAUGGACUGAACAGCUGUGCUUGAGGCUGAUGAGUGUGUGGGCAGAAAAGGACACGGUCAGAUCUAGAGUCAAGUAAGAUCCCCCUGGGUCUAGGGUACGGGACAGAAUGGAAAGGGCGAGGCUGGAGGCUGGGAGCACAGGAGGUGUAAUUCAGAUGGCCUGAGUUGGCAGAAAAGAGGGGGUGGAUUAGGAGAAGAAUCAGGUGAAGAAAGUCAUACUGGAGAGAGAGCACAGCCUGGGCAAAGGUUUGGAAGUGAGGGACAAUGUGUGGGGUUAUUUGGUCUGCCAUUGCCCCCAAGGAUGACCUUUUCUAUGGCUUUCUGAAACCUUGGCUGGGAGAUGGGCUGUUGCUCAGCAAAGGUGACAAGUGGAGCCGCCACCGCCGCCUGCUGACACCUGCCUUCCACUUUGACAUACUGAAGCCCUACAUGAAGAUCUUCAACCAGUGCACCAAUAUCAUGCAUGCUAAAUGGCAGCGCUUGGCAGAGGGCUCAGAAGUCUCCCUUGACAUGUUUGAGCAUGUCAGCCUCAUGACCCUGGACAGUCUUCAGAAAUGUGUCUUCAGCUACAACAGCAACUGCCAAGAGAAGAUGAGUGAUUACAUCUCGGCCAUCAUUGAGCUGAGCGCACUGGUGGUCCGGCGUCAGUAUCGCCUGCAUCACCACAUUGACUUCAUCUAUUAUCGCACAGCAGACGGACGGCGUUUCCGGCAGGCCUGUGACACCGUGCAUCACUUCACCACGGAGGUCAUCCAGGAGCGGCGGCGGGCACUACACCAGCUGGGGGCUGAGGCCUGGCUUAAGGCCAAGCAGGGCAAGACCUUGGACUUCAUAGAUGUGCUGCUCCUGGCCAGGGAUGAAGAUGGGAAGGAACUGUCAGAUGAGGACAUCCGAGCUGAGGCAGACACCUUCAUGUUUGAAGGUCACGACACAACAUCCAGCGGGCUCUCGUGGGUGCUGUUCAACUUGGCCAAGUAUCCAGAGUACCAGGAGAAGUGCCGGGAAGAGAUCCAGGAAGUCAUGAAAGGUCGGGAGCUGGAGGAACUGGAGUGGGACGACCUAACCCAGCUGCCCUUCACCACUCUGUGCAUCAAGGAGAGCCUCCGCCAGUUCCCACCUGUGACCCUGGUCUCCCGCCGCUGCACGGAGGACAUUAAGCUCCCAGAUGGGCGCAUCAUCCCCAAAGGAAUCAUCUGCCUAGUCAGCAUCUAUGGGAUCCACCAUAACCCUACAGUGUGGCCUGACUCCAAGGUGUACAACCCCUAUCGCUUUGACCCGGACAACCCACAGCAGCGCUCCCCGCUGGCUUACAUGCCGUUCUCUGCAGGACCCAGGAACUGCAUUGGACAGAGCUUCGCCAUGGCUGAGAUGCGCGUGGCCGUGGCGCUGACGCUGCUGCGCUUCCGCCUGAGUGUGGACCGAACGCGCAAGGUGCGGCGGAAGCCCGAGCUCAUUCUGCGCACGGAGAAUGGCAUCUGGCUCAAGGUGGAGCCGUUGCCUCCGCGGCCCUGCGGGUCGGCGCGACCCCGAGGAUCCCCGGGGGCCCAAGCCCCGCCCAGAGAGGCCCAGGUUCGGCCCCCGAGGGCCCAGGCCCCGCCCUCAAGAUCCUGAGAGCAUAGACCACGCCCGUCGAAGUCCAGGCUCAUUAAGCAGCCUGGUGGCGCAGGUCACACCCACUUAAGGCAAGGCUCCGCCCCUGGAGGGUCUGAUCCCGCCCCCUGAAGUCCAGGUCCCGCCCCCUGAAUGCCAGUUUCUGCCCUCUUGUUUGAAGGACCAGGAUUUGCCACUCCCCUCGGGCUCAGGCCCCGCCCCAGCAUCCUUCGGAUUCAGGCCUUCAGGCUCUGCCCAUUGAGCCUUCCAAGGGCCUAAGACCUGACACCUAAGGCCUCCAGGAUACAAGCCCAGUCUACUUCAGAUCCCGGCUGGCU